AACACAAACACAACCAUUUGUAUUAUUAUUAUUAUUAUUAUUACCACUAUACAUCACUAGAAAGAAAAAAAUAAAAAUAAAAAUCACAAUGGAAGAUCAUAAUGAAUUCUCCAUUUCUAGUUCUACUAAUUCUACAACUUCAUCCUUUACAAGUUGUUGUUCUAAUAACAAUUGUUUAUGUUCUACUUCAACCACAACAUGUUCAACUUCUUCUACUUCGUCUAAUAAUUGUUUACAUGAGAGCAUUGCAAAAACCUCAUCCAAUGAUCAUUACAAGUGCAAAUCCAAGAAAAGCGCGAAAAAAAAUCAAGAUGGGAAUGAAGAGGAGGCAGAGGAUGAUAACACGAAAAUCAGAAGAAAAAAACAAUGUGUUGUUGAUGAAAAACAUCCAACUUAUAGAGGAGUUCGUAAGAGGAAUUGGGGAAAAUGGGUGUCUGAAAUUAGACAACCAAGGAAAAAAUCAAGAAUUUGGUUAGGGACUUAUCCCACCGCUGAAAUGGCAGCUCGAGCUCAUGAUGUUGCGGCUUUAGCCAUCAAAGGUGAUUCGGCUUACCUUAAUUUCCCUCAUUUAGCCGAUCAACUCCCUCGACCCGCUUCCACUUCCCCUAAAGACAUCCAAGCCGCCGCUGCCGCCGCCAGCAUAUUUCUUGAGGAGAAUUCGGUUGAGUCGAGCCAGUUAACCGAGCUGCACAGCUCGCAUUCCUCGACUAAUUUAGCCUCAGAUAACGUACAAGAAUUACUAAAUUCUCCCUCGAUGGAUCACGAUGACCCGUUUUUUGAUCUGCCGGAUCUUAUCAUCGAUAGACUGGACCAAAAUGACCGGUACCAGUACCCGGUUUCGACGUGGCAGCUGGCUGGAGCCGAUAGCGGGAUGUUUCGGCUUGAUGAGCCGUUUUUGUGGGAGUGCUAUUAGAGGAAAAUUAUGUGUACUCUUUAGAAGAGACAUGUUUAUUUUUCUUUUCUUCUUUCACACUGACAACAAAAGUCAUAAAACAUCCAUCGUGUGUGUAUUUCUCAACGUAUCAUAAUUAAUGUUCAUAUCAUACGCAUAAUUCGAGUUUGCACUAUUUUCAUCUUUCACCCAUUAAUAAUAAUUUGUAAAAAAAUUUCAAUA